AUGCAAGACAUGAUACUUUUAUGUUCUUAUAUGUUCCUUUACCUCUUCUUCCCCCUCCCUUCUGAACUUCAACCCCAGCCCCCUCCUGUCUGCCAUAUGCACACACCCACCUCCCUACACACUGGGUUGAGGGCAUCAGGAGCAUUCUUCUGCACAUGUGCCUCUGUCACUCAUGCCAAGCAGCCACACAACUACACCACGCACCCAGCUGUGUUUCCACUGUGUCCUCUGUGUUCCCAGCACAAGCCUGGUCAGUCAGUGCGACCCUCUGUAGCUUGGCACAGCACCUUGACAAGAUCUCUGGAUCAACAGCACUUUGGUUACACGUUCUCAGGAAUUGUUUGUUUUUGUUUUUGUUUUGUUUUGUUUUCUAAAGUUUUAAGACUUUACUUUUUUUUUCUCUGUGGAAGGACCACACUGAGGACUUUCUUCUAG